AUGGCUCAGUUGGUUCCAUCACAGACUGAUCCAGACUUAAUCAGAAGCGGUCGAAAAAGGCCACAAUUUGUUCAUCAAUUGUGGAAUAUAUAUGAACGUGUUGUCGACGAUCUUCCGCGUUCAAACAACUCGGUUGAAGGCUGGCAUAGCGCAUUUGCUAAUCGUGUUUCGAUUAGUCAUCCUACACUUGCCAAAUUAGCCGACAAAAUUCGUCGAGAACAAUCGAAAUUUGAAAUUGAUAUCGCUCAAACUCGUCAAGGACAUGAACCCAAACCAAAGAAAGCAUCGUGUCGAAAACGCGAUGAUCAAAUUAAACGUUUGGUGAACGCUUAUGAUACGAACCAUUUGGAUGAAUAUUUGAAUAGCAUUGCAGCAAAUGUGAAAUUGUGA